UUUCUACGAAGGGUGACCUAUUUGAUUUCAAGGGCUGCAGUUACAAUGUAACACAAGACGUUUUGAAUAUGUUUUGAUACACCUAUGAUGACUUUGGUUUUCGAUUAUGAUAUACGUUUAUAGUGCAUUUGAAUAAUAUAUUCGCAACCGUCAGUAGAACAGCUGCACGAUUGCUUGAUUCACUGAUCGACAAGGCAGAAAUGGUUUAGUCGAAGGAUGGCCACGGUGGGCAUAAACAAGCAGGGCACAGCAGCAACGAUGGAAACUUGCGUUCGCCAUGGAAAGGGGGCAACUGGAAACACAGUAAAGGUACUCGAGUGUGGAGUGUGUGAGGAUGUCUUCUCUCUCCAAGGGGACAAGGUGCCCCGGCUGCUGCUCUGUGGUCACACCGUUUGCCACGACUGUCUAACGCGGCUUCCGCUGCAUGGCAGGGCAGUCCGUUGCCCAUUCGACCGACAAGUCACCGAACUGGGGGACUCGGGAGUGUGGGGGUUGAAGAAGAACUUUGCUCUGUUGGAGCUGUUGGAGAGGCUGCAGAAUGGGGCGUCCAACCAGUCCGGCAUGGCAGAGGAUGCGCUGAAAGGCAUGGGAGAGUGUAUAAUCCGCUGUGACGAGGACGAGAGCCACACGGCCUCCAUGUACUGCACGGUCUGCGCCACCCACCUGUGCGCCGACUGCUCCCAGCUCACCCACUCCACCCGCACCCUGGCCAAGCAUCGCAGGGUGCCCCUGGCGGACAAACCGCACGAGAAGACCCUGUGCACGCAGCACCAGGUCCACGCCAUUGAGUUCGUCUGCCUGGAGGACGCCUGCCAGCCGGGCCCCCUCAUGUGCUGUGUGUGCAAGGAGUAUGGAAAACACCAGGGACAUAAGCACGCCGUCCUGGAGGCGGAGGCCAACCAGAUCCGCGCGUCCAUCCUGGACAUGGCCCACUGCAUCCGCAGCUUCACCGAGGAGGUGUCCGACUACUCCCGCAAGCUGGUGGGCAUCGUGCAGCAGAUCGAAGGAGGGGAGCAGAUUGUCGAGGACGGGGUCGGCAUGGCCCACACCGAACAUGUCUCGGGCACGGCGGAGAGCGCCCGCUCCUGUGUGCGCGCCUACUUUGCCGACCUCCACGAGACGCUGCGCCGGCAGGAGGAGAUGGCGCUGAGCGUGGUGGACGCCCACGUCCGCGAGAGGCUCAUCUGGCUCAGGCAGCAGCAGGAGGACAUGACCAUCCUGCUGUCGCAGGUCUCCACCGCCUGCCUGCACUGCGAGAAGACCCUCCAGCAGGAUGACUGCCGGGUCGUGCAGGCCAAGCAGGAGAUCAACCGGCUGCUGGAGACCCUGCAGAAGCAGCAGCAGCAGUUCACUGAGCUGGCCGACCACAUCCAGCUGGACGCAGGCAUCCCCGUCACCUUCACCAAGGACAACCGAGUUCACAUCGGUCCAAAGAUGGAGAUCCGGGUGGUGACUCUGGGCCUGGACGGAGCGGGGAAGACAACCAUCCUCUUCAAGCUGAAACAGGACGAGUUCAUGCAGCCCAUCCCAACCAUAGGGUUUAACGUGGAAACGGUGGAGUACAAGAAUCUCAAGUUCACCAUCUGGGACGUGGGUGGCAAGCACAAGCUGCGUCCUCUAUGGAAGCACUAUUACCUGAACACGCAAGCGGUGGUGUUUGUGAUUGACAGUUGCCACAGAGACAGGCUGAUGGAGGCCCACAGCGAGCUGGCCAAGCUGCUGACGGAGAAGGAGUUGAGAGACGCUCUGCUUCUCAUCUUCGCCAACAAGCAGGACGUCCCGGGGGUGGUGUCUGUGGAGGAGAUGACGGAGCUGCUGAGCUUACACAAGCUGUGCUGCGGGCGGAGCUGGCACGUCCAGGGCUGCGACGCUCGUAGCGGGGCGGGCCUUCACGAGGGGCUGGACUGGCUCUCCAGGCAGCUGGUGGCUGCUGGGGUCCUAGACGUGGCUUAGACCCGAUCCCUCCCGAAUCCCCACUGCCUCUUGGCCCCUUCCCUCCCUUCCUCCUCCCGCCUCUUUCCCCCCACCCCUCUCCUUCCUUCUCCCGCCCUCCUCUCUUCCCUCCCUCCCUCGCCCCCCUUCCCUCCCCCGAUCACGGACUUGUUUACCCCAGCAUUAUUGUUUGUCUUUCACCAACUAACUCUGUUUGAAAGUGGGCGGUGGAACAAAAAUGUCCAGUUUUUGUCCAGAUGUUACCAGUAGCUAAAGUCCUGGCCUCGUCUAGGAUGAAUCCAAUUCUUGUGCAAGAUAUGAAUAUCUAUCCUCUAUAAUAGCAUGGUUCAGAACAUUUACAAACCUGUGAAGGUUCUCACUCCUUAGGUCUUUCUGGUGACAUCUCUGCUGUGACAAGGCUUGGCUCAUAAAUUCAUUAAAUGGUCCAAUAUCUUAAAAUGCAGCUUUUCUGCUGCCUUGGUGUCUUAUAAGCAAUAGGAGGAAGUGAGGUCACACUUCAUGGGUUCUAUACAUUUGGUUUAUUUUGGGUACUGCUUCCUUUAUUUUGACAACUGGGGUUGAAAUGUCAUCCAAGUUGAGGCAUUGGAUGGGAUUUGUUUAUUUUAUUGAAAAGUUCCCAAAAAAUCGCAGUUUACUGAUAUUUGUUUUAUUUUAUUUAUGGGUUUGGUUGAGAGUAACGUUAUGGAAGUUGAUUGUGGGAAAUGUUUGAACUGUAUAUAAAUAUGCGUUCAUUUUGCCUCCUAUUUUGUGGAGUGUCGUACGCAGAACGCAUUGGAUGCACUUCUGCAUCCGACUUCAUUUGAAACCAAAUGGAGAAAAGUCUGUUUAUUAAUAAGACAUCAUGUUCUAAAUUAUUAGCGCAAAAUAAUGUUACCCUUUUUAACUGACUUACACCCAUCUCUUCAGUCAUCUGUUCAAACUCCUGUCUGGAGUGCUUAGGAAUUGUUACACGUUACAUUAACUAUGCAGUACAUGUGACACGUAGAUAAACAUGAACAUCUCUGAAAAUUCUGUGUUAUUGUAUCGGAGAACCAUCCUUUGGUUUGAAUUAAUUUUCCUCAUUGCUAUGUAAUGUUUACUUGUAUCUAUGUAUAAAAAAAUACUGCAUGUGUUGGUGAAAGCCUUUCCUCGCUUAAGGAUCUCAAUUUGUGAAAAUAUUCUAUUUCUGAUGUGAGUUUUUGCAACAUUUAGCCCCGUGCACAUCUACACGUUUGUUACAAGUGGACUUGAUAAUGGCUUUUGUAAAUCAUUCAUGAUGUGCCGCUAUGAAAUAAAAAGCAGGUGAUGU